AUGUUUAAUGUUAUACUGAAGCAGAUGAUCUUUCAAUCCUGCGCUUAUGGCUAUGGCUUAUCUUUAGACUUCACUAUGUUGAAAGAUUUUGACUAUUCUGGGAGGAAGAUUGCCAUCAAUCUCUACGCAUGCAACAUGAACAAAAAGGACUGGGACAGACCUGAGGAGUGGAGGCCCGAGAGGUUUUUGAAUGGCAAGUUCGAGUCCUCGGACUUGCUCAAGACAAUGGCUUUCGGAGCGGGGAAGAGGGUUUGCGCGGGAUCUCUGCAGGCGAUGCUGAUCUCAUGUGUGUCCAUUGGUCGACUCGUGCAAGAGUUCGAGUGGAGGCCGAGGGAAGGAGAUGCGGAUGAUGUAGAUACAGUCCUGCUUACCACCCACAAGCUCCAUCCCUUGCAUGCAUACCUAACACCGAGAGGGAAAGUGAACCAUUAA